UAGGAGCUUAUGCUGUGGGUCAAGCAAAAAAAAAAGUCGCGAAUUAUGGUAUGAGCUGCUGCAGUGCUUACCAUUGCAUCUGCACCUACACCUACCUCAGCAUAAGCAUAACGAACAUAAUCAUAAUUUGCUACCUUCCUGCAGCUCGCUGGACCAAGCCAUACAGCGUACCACCUUACCUGCAGGAGCGCUCCUCUAGAGCGCACUUCUAAGGCGGAUGAAAAAGUAGUCGAAAGUGAAGUAGCUAUAUUAACACUAGCAGGUUCGUCUUGUUGCCGAGCCGAGGCAGAGUUGUUUGAGCUGCGCACUCUUUACCUGCCUUUGCUAUGGAGCACUCUUGAAAGAAGAAGUGCAAGAACUUCUAUUUCAACAACAGAUGGCUGGCGUUUCUGACCUUUAUUUUGCGGCGAUGUCAGAAGAAAGUCACUUCGUCAACGACGAAGUAAAAACUUAAAAGGUGGCAGGCACCCCUCUUGCCGGGGCUGCCAACACCGCUGGAGCUGUAGUAGUCCCUGGGUACUGGCGCGUCAAAAGUAGACUGCCUUAUUCAUUGAAAACUAUUCGAACUAGAACUUCUACGAAUUGAAAUUCAACGGUACCUGAAGGGACUUAAGUGAAAGAAUUUCAACUCAUCUACGUACUGCUGGUCUUUGUUCGAUCGUUAUCGUGCGCGAUCGAAAAACGUGUUCUCUUUCGGUAACGAAAUUAAUAGUUCUAGUCGGUGCAAAAAUAUUAGAAAUUAAUAGUUCUAGUCGGUGCGAAAUUAAUAGUUCCCUGUCACGAUCCUGCGCCAGCAGUACAAUUCCAAUUGCUGACUCUGAACGAUCUGAAUUCAAAUUUUAGGACAAGAAAAGUGAGAAAAUGAAAAUAUGCUGAAUAUCGUUUUGUUUCAUCGAUAAAUUCCAAAAAUAUCGGUUCUACGAUGCCUGUACAAACCAGCUACAUACGUUGUCCAAGGGAAGUUCCGUAUUUCCAUUUUUUUUCCAGCAAUCACAGUUGUGUAGAACAAGUUCUGCUUUGGCACAAAUAAUUAUUGCUUGAGGAUUCAUGACAAAGUCAAAAAAUUGAAAGCGUUGGAGUUACAGUAGUCCUCUUUUCUUGAAAUAGAAUUCAUCUAUCUACGUCGCCUUGUAGGCAACAAAUCAAUUUUUCGAGUAUAUUUGAGAAGAAAGUAAGUAUUUGAUCUUUUUAGGAGCACAAAAGAACAAGAAUUGUCUUUGUCGGCAACAAAAGCCUCUCACCAUCUUUUAUAGCGUUUUGGAAGGGAAACGGAAAGCAUCGUGUACAAUUUUUUUACCUACCAUAAGUAUAAAGUUGACAAGUUCGUUGAAGUUUUUUUUUAAGUUGAAGUUAACAGUGGCUGCAAGUAUUGUUUUUGCGAAGCUACUUACACCAAUCAUCAUUUCAUGAAAAUGUUGUUUUCUACUUCUGGGGAGCAGCAGCCUCGACACGGCAGUUCCUCUAUCUCGUCUUGCCGUACACAUGAAGAUCGUGCGACGAAGGAGCGCGCGUCGUCCUUGCGUGGAUUGGCUUUAUUGUCCGUCUUUUUUUUUGCCGGCAGUAUCAAUUUGUACGUGGCGGAGGCGGCCCGCCCUGCCGUGCCGCACCUUAGUGCGCCCGGGACGACGACGCUGGACGGCGACCUGAAAAAAAAACUGGCAGAACUUUCCGAGGCACAGAAGGAAGCGAUUUGCAUCGCGUACAUUUAUAAUGAUCGUACGAAGAAGUUCCUGGACGACAAGGCAUUCACGGUUGGUGAACCUGCGGCGAAGCUGAGGCGAGAGAUCGGGGACGUCAUUCCGCGAGGGUUUUUGCGUGAUGAAUCUGGUCUGAAUUGCGAUGUGCACCUGAAGACAUUUGUUCUUGAAGAAAAGCUGCAAUUGUCUGUGCGGAGGUUGCCGGCCGCUGGCGAUCAUGAGAUGAACACCGCAUUUGCUGAGGCGCACCCAUUCAAAGUUGCUCAGCUGCUGCUCGAGGCAGUCCUGCAACACCGUGUAGCAGAUUCAGCUGGUCCUGGCUGGGUCGGUCCCGUCAACAAACCGAAGGGACUGUUUGCUUUCCAAAUAAAGCGAGAUCCCAAUGGGAAGCUCCCAACCAGCACAGCAAGUGAUGGCACUAGUGGCGUAGGUCCUCGGGGGCUUCUGGAGGAUCCAGCGAUGAAUCCAUCGGGGGUCGUGCUGGAGGAGAAAGGGUCCUCACCCAAGGAGACGCUGUUCGCGAAGGCCGCGCCUGAUAUCAAAUGCGAAAAUGUCUGGGUCUGGAACAAAGCAACUUGUCAUGCUAAAUCUGAAUCAUGUAAAAAUCUGUGUUGCAUGAUUACCACAAGCUGUCCACUUUUGACCUAAUCAAGAGGCAGCCUCUCAUGCAGGAUAGGCAUGAUAGAACUCUCACAGAAUCUGUCAUGCUAUGUCCUACAUGCCAGACCUCAUGGGUCAUGGAAAACCUGCAUGACAAGUCAACUCCCUCCCCGGGGGGGAUAUAAAUUCGGGCGCACUGACAAAAAGAGGCGGAACACAGCGAGGAGAGUUGCCUCGCUGUCGUUGCCGACCCAAGAAACAAGAUCCGUAUCGUAGACGUGCGCACAUUGUGCAAAAGAUCCGGCAGCUUUUUUUUUCGGCUGUCCCCCACUUAUUAGAUUGUCGCCAAAGUUUAGAGAUAGCAUUACCCCAUUGCCGCCCUCGCGAUAUUUUUUUAGCGGACCCCGCACGAUAUCCCUGAUGCGUUUCCCGCUUUGUAUUGAACAUCCCUGACUCAAACACAUAUACACCCCUCGCUACGGCACACCUCAUCUGCCUAGUCGCCCCUAGGUAGGUGCAGGAAUUUUCUGUGUGGGCUUUUUGUGCUUAAUUAUUCCAACAGGGGCUGAGUCUUUUUUUUUCUGCCUUGCCAGCAGAGUUGUACAUGUGGGGGGGAAUAGACGGAAGUGGCGCGAGACCUUGGUGAAGGAGCAGGCGACAAGAGCGGAAAUGGUACAAAUCAAAAAAAAAAGAUGGUGUACACGCGCUCUGCUUAACUGUGUGAAAGGUGUCGGCCCUGUUUGACCUGCUGCGGCAGGCAGGUGAAUUCGUAGAACUGCUUCACAUGUUAAGUAACGUCCACUGGCCUCCUAGAAUAGUGAUGAACUUACAUGCGAAAAAACAGCGUGGGGCCCAAUGAAAAAAAAAAAAAACCUGCAUGACAAGUCUGGCACUCUUCCAGACCCAGACACUUUUGCACUUGAUACCUGACCUCCAUCAGCCACCAAAUCUUUAUACGGAGGACCUCCAACCCCAAGCUGGCUUCCGCCACCACCGAGCCCGCGUUCCGCCGCCGCCCGGUCUCACACCCCAGCAAGGUGUCCGCGACCGCGUUCCGUUGCCGCCCGGUCUUGUUCGAAAAUCUGGAAGCCCCACUCGAGACGUAUGGGAUUCUCAAGCGUUCGACCGCAGCAAAUAAAUGACACACCGCGAACAGGUGGAUUUGACACUGAGAACUCAUACUGUUAGCUAGUUCCGUUACGAUGGAACAAAACGCUGCCUGCGGAGGUUGGAAAAAGUGAGUGCCGAUAUUUUCUAGUUUUACUGAUAGUAACAUUAGUUGCGCCUGCAGGCAGACGUAUUUUUCUUCUCCGUUCUAUUGGCGUCGGACACGAUAUUAUUCCGGACAUACUCGAAAACAUUAUACGGAGUAGGAUUAUUUGCAGCAAUGAAAAAAUCAUGGCUAAUUUUUAGCACAAGACCCAGCAGCUCGCCUGCUAGUGCUGUAGCGAGGUGCUGCUGGUCUUAUUUAUUUAUAUAUAAUGUGCGCCUUAUAUGUUGUAAUGUAUGAUGCUCUAUGACGCACAAGUAGUUGUUAACAAACAACCAACAUCAACAAGUACAACUAAUAGCCUGCGAUAGUGUUGCAUACGUUCGCGAGAGCAACAUGAGUUGGCUCGUCUUGGUACGUGUUACCUCUGUCGAGGCCAACACAAAUAUUGGAACUGUGCUACUACUAGAACGCUAAAAGUACUAAACCGCCUUAUUCAUUGAAAACUAUUCGAUUUCGAACUGGAACAAACUUCUUGUACGAAACGAAAUGGAAAUUCAAAACUUUCAGCGGGACAACUGAAGUGAAAGAAUUUCAAACUCAUCUCGUGCCG